GAUCUUCAAAAAUCUAUUACAAGUGCUGGCCUACAAGAUAUAGUAGAAGUUUUUGGCUAUACCUGGGAAGAUAAGUGGUGCUAUCGACUUAGUAAACUUCUUUGUAUAAGAAGUUGGAGUGAGAAUGCCUUAAACCUUUUAAUACAAGAAGCAGAAAAAAUAAGUUAUAGGGUUUUAGCUUAUAUGUAUGACUCUGAUUUUGAGAUACUAAAACAAGAAGCUUAUUGUGCCUACUUAGAAAAAGCUGGUGAUUCUACCAUUCCUGACAAGUUCUAA